UUUUACGGUGAGUUGGCGGAGACAAGAGACUCCAUUGAACUGCCUGAUUGUAAGUACGAGAGUCUGUUGGAGUUGUUUCGUUACAUGUACAGCGAUGAAGUGAACUUGAGCGGAAGUAAUGUGAUGGGGGUCAUGUAUUUGGCGAAGAAAUACAUGGUGCCUUCACUGGCUGAUAAAUGCACCGAUUAUCUACGGGAUAAGCUGGAUGCAUCGAAUGUUUUUUGUAUCUUGCCGAAUGCCCAGCAGUUGGAGGAGAAAAAGCUGUUGAAUCGAUGUUGGAAAGUCGUCGAUGAACAGGCAGAAGAGGCUUUAAAAUCAGAUGGAUUCGCGACACUCGAAAGAUCGUUAAUUGAGGAAGUAGUCAAACGUGACACGCUUAAUAUUGAAGAGGUGGAGUUGUUCAAAGCUGUGAAUUUGUGGGCAAGAAAGAAAUGUGAGAAAGAAGGUUUGACUGCAGAUGGCAGUGUAAAAAGGAAAUUUCUUGGGGAGAAUAUUGUAAAAGCAAUCCGUUUCCCAGUCAUGAAGCAAGAGGAAUUCGCUGGUGUUGUUCUUGACACCAAGAUACUCACGCCAGACGAAGUCUUCGGUGUUGUGAAGUAUUUGAAUUCAGUGCUGACCACCCCAGUUGGAUUUCCUGUGAAAAACAGGCGCUGUCAUUUUGCUUGUUGCAGAUUUGGAUCACUGGAGUACGCUGACUUAAGUCAUUCUUAUUCGCCUCGUAAACAAGACUGUCUUAUAUUCAAAGUCGACAAAGACAUUUUGUUAAUCGGAAUAACGUUGUGCGGAAGUGAAAACGAGGAAUAUUCCGUUACUAUUCGCAUAAAGACGAUGGGGAAUGUACAACUUAUUGAUGUCACUGAGAGGUUUUCAUCUGAGCUCAUCGAAGAAAAAUCGCAUUCCUUUUAUGGCUUCAAAAUUCUCUUUGAUGAUCCAGUUGUCAUCCAAAAGGGAAUGAAAUAUUGUGUCGAAGCUUUUAUUUCUGGUGCUAAUUCCUGUUUUGGUCGAAAUGGUAUAUCGCCCGUGACCUGUUCUGGGGUUAGGUUCGAUUUUAGAGAUACUGUGUCGAGUAACAACGGCACGAAUGUCGUACAAGGACAAUUUCCAGCAUUUUUAUUUGCAAUAAAAUAAUUAUCGUCUUCUCGAUUGAGCACUAGGCCAGAUAAUCUGAUGUGUGUGCCGCACUCCUGUCGAAAAAAUAUUGAUAGUUUUAUAUAGUGUGAGCAUUUGUUCUUUUGGGAGGAAACCUAACUUUCUAUAUGCCUCGUGGUUUCAUUUCAGUUUCCUCGCCAUAUGCAUCGUUGACCAUUGUUGUAUUGAACCCAGCUUAUCAUGCUUCCUUGUUGAUUUAAUUUUUUGUAUCGCAGAUUAAUAAAUAAAUAAUGAUUAAACCAAAAGAUAAACAAACAACUAAUAUUGUAGAGCUCCUUAAACAAUGACAGACCUCAAAUUAUCUCUGACUUCAACUGCAAAUGAUCCUGUUAAGAAAAUGGAAUGCCCUCGAGUUUUUUCCUGAAGUUAUAAGAACAGCUAAUUUGUUGCAAAACUAAGGUACAUGAUCCUUUGAUAAAUAAUGAAUUAAAGAAAUUGUAUCAGCCC